AUGACUUGUGCCAACUGUAAUAAGAGCGUCUACAGAUGUCCAGCAUCUUGCGCAGCUGGACAGGUUGACCAAGGGAACUUACUCAGUGCAGCUUCACCAAACAAAGCAACAAAACUGGCCACAGGUUUGACUGAGAACUUACUCAGUGCAGCUUCACCAAACAAAGCAACAAAACUGGCCACAGGUUGGACUGAGAACUUACUCAGUGCAGCUUCACCAAACAAAGCAACAAAACUGGCCACAGCUUCACCAAACAAAGCAACAAAACUGGCCACAGGUUGGACUGAGAACUUACUCAGUGCAGCUUCACCAAACAAAGCAACAAAACUGGCCACAGGUUGGACUGAGAACUUACUUAGUGCAGCUUCACCAAACAAAGCAACAAAACUGGCCACAGAUUGGACUGAGAACUUACUCAGUGCAGCUUCACCAAACAAAGCAACAAAACUGGCCACAGGUUUGACUGAGAACUUACUCAGUGCAGCUUCACCAAACAAAGCAACAAAACUGGUCACAGGUUUGACUGAGAACUUACUCAGUGCAGCUUCACCAAACAAAGCAACAAAACUGGCCACAGGUUGGACUGAGAACUUACUCAGUGCAGCUUCACCAAACAAAGCAACAAAACUGGCCACAGGUUUGACUGAGAACUUACUCAGUGCAGCUUCACCAAACAAAGCAACAAAACUGGUCACAGGUUUGACUGAGAACUUACUCAGUGCAGCUUCACCAAACAAAGCAACAAAACUGGCCACAGGUUGGACUGAGAACUUACUCAGUGCAGCUUCACCAAACAAAGCAACAAAACUGGCCACAGGUUGGACUGAGAACUUACUCAGUGCAGCUUCACCAAACAAAGCAACAAAACUGGCCACAGGUUGGACUGAGAACUUACUCAGUGCAGCUUCACCAAACAAAGCAACAACACUGGCCACAGGUUGGACUGAGAACUUACUCAGUGCAGCUUCACCAAACAAAGCAACAAAACUGGCCACAGAUUGGACUGAGAACUUACUCAGUGCAGCUUCACCAAACAAAGCAACAAAACUGGCCACAGGUUUGACUGAGAACUUACUCAGUGCAGCUUCACCAAACAAAGCAACAAAACUGGCCACAGCUUCACCAAACAAAGCAACAAAACUGGCCACAGGUUGGACUGAGAACUUACUCAGUGCAGCUUCACCAAACAAAGCAACAAAACUGGCCACAGGUUGGACUGAGAACUUACUCAGUGCAGCUUCACCAAACAAAGCAACAACACUGGCCACAGGUUGGACUGAGAACUUACUCAGUGCAGCUUCACCAAACAAAGCAACAAAACUGGCCACAGGUUGGACUGUAGAGGAACACACCCCACCUCCAUCCACAUGUUCUGUUGCCCCAAUUUCCCUGGCAGGGGUGGGAAGGGAACUGAAAUUGUCAGAAUACAACCCUACCAGUGCCCUGACCUUGAAGAAUGACAACCCCACCAGUACCCUGACCUUGAAGAAUGACAACCCUACCUGUGCCCUGACCUUGAAGAACAACAACCCUAUCCAUGCCCUGACCUUGAAGAAUGACAACCCUACCAGUGCCCUGACCUUGAAGAAUGACAACACUACCAGUGCCCUGACCUUGAAAAAUGAGGUAGAGCAAACAACUGGGUCUAAAGGUUUUAUGACUUCAAAUGACCUAAGAGAAAAUACAGGCACCCGAACCAAAUAUUCUGAAAUCUCUAUCUACCCUACUAGGCUUAUCUAA